AUGGUAGGUCGCAAACGUCCUGCGACAAGGUCAAGCACCCGAAGGGGCGCUGCUGCUGCUGCAGCUGUACCAACUGGUGGAGAGAUCUACCAGGAUAUGCUCGCCGAAGCUGGCGUGAAUCCAAGAAUUCCAUCAUCACCAGAGAGGCCUCUUAAACGCCGUCGCGCUACACCAAAGAAACCAGUUGCACAAGCAGUGAAGGAUCCUGAACCAGUGCCUGAAGACCCUGAACCAAGCAAAGCGCCUCAAGCUGCAGAGGAAGAUGAUGAUGAAGAUGAAGACGAGGAUAUCGAGUUUCAGGAUGUCAUCCUACCCCAACCAACCAUGCAAACCAUGGAAUUGGAGUCUGAAGAUGAAUCUGACGAAGAAGAAAUCAUGUUUGAAGACGUCGACUUCACAGCACCCCUCCAAGACUUGGGCUCGAAACCCGAGGCGCCGCAAGCACUGGAACUCAACCUGACGGCUCAACAAUCAUCAACAGCGCAAGCAAAAAAGACAGUCGAGCGGCGCAAACCAAUUACAAAGGAAGAGCGCAAGAUCCGGAUCGACGUUCACAAAGCGCAUAUCCUAUGCUUAUUGGCUCAAGCUGCGCGUCGCAAUCACUGGUGUAACGACGGCAGAGUACAAGAUUACUUGCGGCCGCAUCUAACAGAUAAAACAGUCACUUAUUUAACUCCUGGCUCGCAUCUUCCGCAGUUUGGACGAACGGAGAGUUUGAAGACUGGUCUCAAGAAAGCUGAAGAGGUGUGGAAGACGAAAUACGAAGUUACAGAACGGGGUCUUCGGCGAUCUCUAUGGGCGGAAGAUCCUGAGCAGUUAAACGAUUAUGAGCCACCUGAGGAUAUGGAAAGCUGUUUAGACCGUGAUGAUUUCCGCGAAGCAGCAAAAAAGCUACAAGGCUCUAGAGAUGUCGGGGCGCAACUAUACUGUGCCCUGUUACGCGGCGUGGGCGUGCAAGCACGACUUGUUUGCUCACUGCAACCUUUGGCAUGCACCAAUUCUGCUCCGACAAUGCCAAAGCAGAAGCAGAAGCCAAAAAAGGGCUUAACGAAAGCGGAGAAGGACGAACAGCUGAAGGCUACCAUGGCUAAGUACCAAGAGAUGGCCACUGCUGGGUAUGGCACACCGUCUAGCGGUUCAUCGGCACGCCGAAGGCUGGGACACCCAAAUGCAACAGCAUAUAACUUUACACCAACGAUAUCACCCCCGAAACCUCAGCCCACUUUUGAAACUCGCAAACGAAUAAAAGAGUCGGCAUAUCCGGUAUAUUGGGUCGAGAUUUUAGAUGUGGGACAUCAGAAAUGGCAGCCGGUAGAUGCUGUAGUCACGCACACUUUCUGGAAGCCCAAGGCUAUGGAGCCUCCCAUUACCGAUAAAGAGAAUUUUCUAUCUUACGUGGUAGCGUUUGAAGCAGAUGGUACAGCAAGGGAUGUCACAAGAAGAUAUGCCAAAGCGUACACGGCAAAGACGCGACGAGCAAGAAUUGAAACUGUCGCUGAAGACGGCGACGCGUGGUGGAGGCGGGUCAUGAAGCUCUACAGCCGACGACGACGAACUGAUCUUGACCAAAUCGAGGAUAACGAACUCGUUGGUAUCGAAGCGAGAGAGCCAAUGCCGCGAAACGUGCAAGACUUCAAAGACCACCCCGUAUUCGCUCUGGAACGACAUCUAAGACGUAACGAGGUUCUUGUCCCGGGCGCUACACCAUCUGGAACCGUCGCCGCGGGUAGUCGAGGACCGCUAGAGAAGAUCUACCGAAGAAGGGAUGUUCGCAUAGCGAGAACGGCAGAUAAAUGGUAUCGAAUGGGCAGAGAAGUAAAAGCGUUGGAAAUACCUGUCAAAUGGCUACCAAAGAAAGCCAAGCCAAAGAAUCCGCUUGACGAUGACCACGAGGAGGAUACGCAAGGAGAUGCAGGAACACCCAUCUACACAGAAGACCAAACCGAGCUCUACGAACCACCACCAGUCCGCAACGGUAUCGUCCCAAAGAACAAGUUUGGCAACAUCGAUGUCUACGUCUCAAGCAUGGUUCCCGCAGGAGGCGCCCACAUCAUCCACGAACGCGCCGGACGAGCAGCAUUCCUAGCAGGCGUAGACUACGCACCCGCCCUAACAGGCUUUUCAUUCAAAGGACGCCACGGAACGGCUGUCUUGACUGGUGUCGUUGUCGCAAAGGAGCAUGAAGAGGGCGUACGAACUAUAAUUGAGAGUCUGGGCGAUUUGGAGCAAGAAGUAGAGGAUGAGCGCAGACGACAUCGCGCGCUAAAGGCAUGGAGGAAGUUUAUGAUGGCUUUGCGUAUUAGAGAGCAGAUUUGGAGCGGAGUAGAUGCAGAUGAGCGAAUGGCGGCUGACGACAAAGCGGCCAAGGAGGCACAGCUUGAUCAAGAGAUUGAGGAUGUGCCCAGCGAUGUUACUGAAGAGUUUGACAUGGCUGACGAUGAUGACAUGGGUGGAGGUUUUCUCGUGGAGUAG